AUGUCAACAACAGCGACAAUCCCAACCUACCGCUACCAAUACCGGCCUUCUUCUUCUUCUUCCUCCCGCCUCCCCACCUCCAGCUUCAGCCUCUUCACCCCCCGCAACACCCUUCCCCACCAUUACCUCGAAUCGCCCACCAACAUCUUUCUCCCUCAACAACAAUUCUCAACUACAAAUUCACAGCCACAACAGCCAGAGAAAAUUAUCAUCCGCCAGGUCGGUGGGGCAGGUGAUAACCACGUGCAGUGGGUAUCCAUUUCCGAAAUAAUUCCAUACUCGGAGGGUGAGAGCAGCAAUGGUGGCUCAGGUGGGAAGCAUGGAGGGAAGCCAAGCACGAAAAGCUUGAAGAGCUACACCUCCCAAGUGCACGGCAUAGUGCACACAGCAAGCUGGCCGAACCACGACGUGGGCGAUCGGCUUUGGUUGAGGAGUGACCAGCCGAUAAUCAAGGGGAGGAGGAGCGUGCCGAUUGUGAAUCUGGAUAAGGGUGUUAGUGGGGAGGUUUGCAUAUCCCACGUAACCUGGCAUCCCCAAAAACGAGAACUCAGCAGCAGCACCAGUGGUGGUAACACAACCAUCACCUUUAUCGGAGCUGAGUACCGCCACGGCCACGGCCAUGGUCCCACCCACAGCCACUCCCACAGCAUCUCCCACGGAUACUCCCAAGGACAACAACAACGUGAUGGUACCGGCGGUGGACCACAUGCAUUCAGGAUGUGUAUCAUCCAAGAUCCCAGCAGUAACAGCACAAGUCAUACCGACAACGACAACGGCGGGGUUAUCGAAAUGAUUUCUUUAGAAGAACUAGACACGUGCUUUGAAGAUGUCGAGGAUGUUAAGCCAGCACCGCCGUCAUCAUCACCAUUAUCGUCCUCGGUACACGACCACAUUUACUCUCACUACCGCUCUCACUCUCAUGCCCCACCACCGCCAUCACCACCCACGGAUCUCCAAAUAUCAGGUCCAGGCGACAACAAUCACAUCACUCACAUCACUCACAUCUCAAAACAGCUACGAGAUUCUAGAGGUCUUAGACGUCAUGGAGAUCCUCGAGGUCCUAGAGGUCCUAAAAGCCCUAGAGGUCCUAGAAGUCCUAGAGACCCUGCUGUCAUAGUCAACAAAACCGACAACAGGAGAUUGAUCAAUGAUAAUGACGAUGACGGCGGCGGCGAUAACCUCAGCCACGCCUCCUUCGCAAGCUCAUCAACCAAAGGAAAAGUGGCCAUGGAUCUGGUAGCGCUGAGUUUGUCCAUCUUCAACUUCAACGCCGCCAUGUUGGACUUGGCUGCGUUGUCUAAUCAGAGUAUGGGCAUGGGAAUGGGUGGUCUUGUGAGGGACAUUGAUGAACGACCGGAGGCGGAGGAUGAUAGUGAUGAGGACGAAGAGGACGAGGAGGGAGAGGAGAAGGUGUGGAGUAAUUGCGAGUCUAUUCAAUCGUCUGGACGGCAAUCGGUGAUGAGUGACGAGGAAGAGGGUGAGAGGAGUCGAGUAGAAGGGAGUGAAAGUGGGAGUGGCUAUGAUAUGUAA